GACCGGAAGUACGACGCUGGUGGCUUUCAAGCGCAGACGCGUCCGGAGUGGGUGCAAGGUUACUGUGACUGAGCCAGGUCGGGCCAGGAUCACCAUGGCUCUUAAAAGGCUGUCCAGGUUUUUAUCUCUUGUUCAGUCUGCAACUUCAGUGUAUUUUCGAAGGAACAUUGGUGUUACAGCUGUUGCAUUUAACAAGGAACUUGAUCCUGUUCAAAAACUCUUUGUAGACAAGAUUAGAGAAUAUAAAUCCAAGAGACAGGCAGCUGGAGGACCAGUUGAUAUAGGUCCUGAAUAUCAACAAGAUCUGGAGAGGGAACUAUUCAAGCUUAAGCAGAUGUAUGGUAAAGCAGACAUGAAUACAUUCCCAACUUUCAAAUUUGAAGACCCCAGAUUUGAAGAGGCACCUAAACCCUCGUCUUGAGGAUUAACCACGGAGUGUAUAUUGCUGUUUGAUUAUUUGUCAUGAAUUAGUUGUGUAACUAAUCCAUAGUAACAAUAAAUUUUAAUUUCACUUUCGCCAAA